AUCGCCAUGGUCGACUAGCUGUUGCAUUCGUGGUAUCUCGAAGUUCGUCUGUAGUGGAACACCUCACCUUCCACUUCAGGACCAUUGCAGCCUUGUCAUUUCAUUGACCAACAGGUCCUUGAAAUCAUCGACAUCAUGGACCAAACCCACAUCUGGAUCAUCCUCGCCGCGGUCCUUGGUAGCUUAGUCCUUGCGCUGGUCGUAGUCCUUGCUCUCUACUGUUGGAGACGAUCAACCAGACGAGUGCGAGGCUUCUCUCUCCGGGCCGUGACACCUUUGGAUGAUGCCGAAUUCGAGUCGUGGCGCCGACCAAGCCAAUACACUCAACGACCGCAAAAGUAUGGCAUACGGCCCGCUCUACCGCCUCCUGUACGCACCACCAUGCUCGAGAAGGAAAUCGACGACUAUGACCAUCCACGUACGCCAUCUCCUCAGGACUACCCUAAUUUCAACUAUCCCAUGAGUCCGAUCCGUAAACCAGAACGUAUCCGACGAAAGUCUAGUGCUACUUCUUCGAUUGCGGACAGACCACCUACGCCGUAUUCGCCUUCUUCCAGGAAAUCCGAGUUUCCCCGAGACUCUUUCUCGUCACGCAAAUCCUAUGGAAGCCCUCGCAUUCACUAUCCGUCAAUGUCAGAGGCAUCCGCCUUCAACUUUGAUCUCAAAGACAUGAGCUUCGAAUCCAACAAGUUCGAUCCAGUCCGACCCUCCACACAUUCGGAUCGCCCCCUAAACCUCUCCUACGAGAAACAAUCCUACCUUGAACACGUGUGAAGGGGAGCGCGAUACUCGACCGAACACGUCACCGCCUGCCAUGGACAGAAUCAGUUCCUCUGGCUCUUCACUGGUCCACCGAUGACCUACGGCAACAGACCGACAUCCAGUCACUGGACCG